UUUUCUCUUUGCUAAUACGCUCACAAGUGUAAUAAAAAAGAAUGUCAUCUUGUAAUUACUGUCGGUGAUUUUACUUCUGCGUGAAAAAUUUGUGAUGUCUGACAGCGGUUCUUGUGUGCUGCGGGAUGUGACUCUCUGCUCGCCAGUAGGAGAAAUCCUGCUGAGCGGCUGUGAGAAGGGAGUUCAUACCAUUAAUAUCAAACUGGGAACAGACAAAGAGGAAAGUGUACACCCUGUUGGCCAGUCAGAAAUGAGCCCUGAGUUGCAGCGCUGUGUUGACUGGCUUCAGUGCUACUUCAUGAAACCCGAGUCCAUCAGCGCUCUUCCUUUGCCUGCCUUACACCAUCCGCUAAUGCAGAGUGACUCUUUUAAAGCACAUGUGCUGUGGACUCUGUUUAAGGAAGUGGGACUUGGUAAAACGGUCUCCUACAAGCAGCUUGCUGAAAUGAUCGGCAAUCCAAAAGCUGUGCGAGCAGUGGGUUCAGCCAUGAAGAAUAACCCGGUUCCCCUGAUAGUGCCAUGCCACCGGGUGCUGCGUAGUUCAGGGGACAGUGGCUCAUAUAUGGGAGGAAAGGGAGAUGAUAUUAAAGUUUGGUUGCUCACUCAUGAGAAAAAAGCAUUGGAGCUCAAUGCAUCAAAGAAUGAAAAAUCCAUCUGAUGGACCCCAAAUCCACUUCACGCUGCUUCUCAGUUUGUUCGCAAACAUUUUAUUAAUUACGUUUUUUGAUUUCUGAUUGAUUGGACAAAUUAUAUUCCACUUUAGCAAACAGACCCUUUGUUGUUAUCCAUAUAUCUUCUAUAGUUAAAGGAAUAUAUUGGAAUUGUGUUUUUGAGAACAGGUGGUUUGAUUAGUUGUUCUGGUUGUCAGUGUUACAUUGACAUUGUUAAAAUGUGAUUUGAAAAAUAAUUCUGUAUUUAUGCUGUUUAAUCCAAAGGAUUAUGGAAGAAAUUGUGAUUUUUUUUAAUAUCUUUUUUUUAGCUGACAUGCAUAAGUGAUAUUUUUUGCAGCAAAUAAUUUUGUAUUCCGUAUCUCAUUUAGAAUUAUAUAAGAAAUGUUUUAAGCUAAUUAACAGCUCUGUAAAGCAAAUAAAAUAUUUGUUAAUGGUGGAUCAAUAGUCAAUAGAAUAAUACAAUUUUUUAAUGUAUUUUUGAAGGAAGUCUGUUAUGCUCACCAGUGAAAAAAUGCAUCAUGGUUUCCACAGAAAUAUUAAACAGUAAAAACUUUUCAACAUUAAUCUCCAAUAAUAACUGAUCAUAUUUGAGCACCAAAUCAUUAUAUUAUAAUGAUUUAUGAAGGAUUAUGUUACAUAGAAGUACAAAUAAAAGAUCAUAAAAAA